AGAUCGCGAACUAAGAUUCCAGUUUGUGGGCGGGUGACGAUAUUUGUCCUUAGAUGUUCUCGAUCCGGCGGAAGCAAGCCGGUGAACAGAUACGGCUUCUCUGUUUUGUAGAGUUCAAGAUCGUCCUGAAUGUAAAAGAACGAAGCCUCUACGACUGGCAGGUUCUGAGCUUUGGGGUCAAGCGAUAGUCGCAUCGUGACAUUGGAAGAUAGGGUAGGGUAGGGUAUGUGAUUGAAGUUCAAAGCCUCGAUGUGGACAGAGAAGGAUGUUCCUUUUGUGCCGUCGUCGUACAGUAUCUGACUUGGUCCAUGGAAGCUUUAUGUAAGGUAAGGUUACAGUAAGGUUAAUUUCGAGAAUGCAGGUGCGCAACGGAUUGGACGACCCUAGCCCAGCUUCUAUUACAGUAUAUUGUAGGUACAAGAGCCAAUCGCAUAACGCGAUACUGUACUGUAAGUUUCCGAACAGCGACGGACAGACAUCUCAUGUCAUAUCAGUCAGACCUCAGACCUCAGACCUGCAUGCAAGUUCCCUCGCAAGCCGGGCGAGGUGAGGGCAGGGCGCCGUGGCUGAAUGUGGACAAGUGCUGGCCAGGAGGUGGCCGCUUUAAGAGAGGAGAGGGGAGGUGAGGUGAGGUGAGGUGAGCGAGGUGUCUCAACAGCGGGAUCAACAACAAUAGGUAUCCUACCUUCCUUAACUGACCUAAGGUACCUAUUUAUGGCCUGUAAGUGCUCCAACUACCGCUUGAGGGAGGCAAGGAGGCAGGGACGCAGGGACGCAGGGAGGUAGGGACGCAGCCGUCGAGCAGGAACGGGGGGGGAUGCACGGCCUGUACUGUACCGUAAGGUACUGUAAUUCAGGUCGCACCCGCCUGGAAUUUGUCCAAAUUGUCCUUUUCACCCGCUGUCGCUGUUGCUGUCGCUGUCGCUGUCUUCCAUUCAUCAUUGCAGGGCAGGCCCGGGCCCAGGCCCAGCGCCUUGUCGGCUUUCACCUCAUUCACCCACACGCACAAUCACAAUCACAAUCACAAUCACAAUCACCUCUGCCAUACUAAGCUACCUAUGGAAGCAGAGUCCGUGGAAUUUGAGCAGCAGGGUAGGAACUGGCCUGGUAGCCGGCUUUGGCCUUCACCCUCAUAUCGAGAACGAGAAGCUCCUCAUCCCGCGUCUUGGGCAAUACUCCCCCUCCCCCUCGUCAUGGCCUUGCUCUCUGCUUUGAUUAUCACGGCACUGUUCGUCGCCAUCAGCGAUGCCUACCUUACACGCGUGCCACCAUUUCCCUACCCAGGCAAGAGCGCAACCAAGGAGGUUGAGGACAGCUAUGGUGCUGUCACUUGCGGAAAUGAAAUAUGUAGCAACGUUGGACGGGACAUUUUGAGAGGUGGAGGCAACGCAGCCGAUGCUGUCCGUUCUAUUCCCUACAAGAAAGUACCCAAGCUGAUGGCUUCUUCAACCUAGGCAGUAGCAGCGCAGUUCUGUCUAGGGGUCAUCAGUAAGUCUGUUGCUGGGAAUAAUAACACAUUCUGCUAAUCUUUCCCAGGCCCCGACCUGACGGGCCUUGGUGGUGGCGGGUUUGCACUGAUCAGAGCAAGCGAUGGCUCGAAAACUUUCGUGGAUUUCCGAGAAACCGCUCCUGCAGCAGCUUCAGAAAGCAUGUUUGCGAAUCAUGAGGAGCUUUCCCUCAGUGGUGGACUGGCAAGGUAAGGGCUAUAUGGCGGGAUGUGGGAAUUGAAGCUAAAAGGCCAUAGCGGAGUUCCGGGAGAGCUGAGAGGUCUGGAGUAUAUCUACGACCAUUGCUGUACUCUGCCGUGGAAGGAACUAAUAGACCCAGCUAUCAAGCUCGCUCGCGACGGAUUCUCAUUCUACGAAGAUAUUGCCGCGCAGGUUUUCUACCUCGAUGACUCCUCUUUCCUGGUUGAUGAUCCUCAAUGGUCUAUUGAUUUUGCACCAAACGGCACCCUUCUUGCAAUCAAUAGCACUAUAACUCGAAAGAGAUAUGCGGAUUUAUUGGAGACAAUCUCAAAAAAAGGACCAGAAAUCUUCUACAGUGGCAGAAUCGCGAAAGAAACAAUCAGAUCUGUCAAGGCAGCUGGUGGGAUAAUGGAACUGGAGGACUUGAAGCAAUACAAAGUUGCCGUUCGCUCGACUCUGGAUAUUGAAUACCAGGGUUUCCGCCUCACGAGCACCAGUGCGCCGACGAGCGGUCCGGUGACUCUGAGUGCACUCAAGAUCUUUGAAGGAUAUCGUAACAGAGGUGAUCCGAAGAAUCUCAACCUCAGUACUCACCGCCUGGAUGAAGCAAUUCGCUUUGGGUACGGCCAGCGCACAAAACUUGGGGAUCCUAAUUUUCAUUCCAAGGUCGAUGAGUAUCAACAUGCAAUGUUAGAGUCGAAGACAGCAAGGCAGAUACGCGAAAAGAUAUCAGAUGAACACACGCUGCCUGUUCACGAGUACAACCCCGACGGCAUUGAGAAUCUUCCCACACCAGGAACUUCUCAUUUGGCAACAGCAGAUUGCCACGGCCUGGUUGUUGCUCUGACCAGCACCAUCAAUACAGCAUUUGGUUCCCGUUUGAUUAUACCUGAAUCUGGGCUGGUGAUGAAUAAUCAAAUGAACGACUUUUCGAUCCCAGGAGAAUCCAACACGUGGGGAUUUAUUCCAUCUCCUAAUAAUUACAUCAAGCCAGGGGCCAGACCACAAUCAUCCAUCUCUCCAGUAAUUGUGGAACAUCUCAGAACAGGAGGCCUGUACUUUGUUGUCGGAGCAGCUGGCGGAUCGAGAAUCAUUACUUCCGUGAUUCAGACCCUUUGGCAUGUUUUAGAUCAAGGAAUGAAUGGAGCAGAUGCAGUUGCUGCUCCUCGACUACAUGAUCAACUCGAACCGGACACGAUUCAAUUCGAGCUUUCGUAUGACAACGAGACUACUGCUUUCCUAGCAUCGAAGGGGCAUGAUGUCACUUGGAUAGACUAUCGUGCUUCCAAUGUCAAUGUGCUACGACUACUCUCCAACGGUACAUUUGAAGCAGACAGUGAUCCAGGCUUGGUGAAUGGCGGUUCAUAUACGUGUUGUUGAGAGCAUGCAUGAUGGAGAGCUUCAUUAAUGGCCUAAAUAAGAUUGCAAUCAAAUACCAGUACAGCCAGACCCUCAGGG